GCGAAACAUUUUCGCUUCUUCCCGCUCCCGUUUGUUUUGUUUUCCUGUCUUUUCAAAUUUCGCUCCAUGUUUUCUCGAGAAAAAGAGCAGGAGCGAGAAAGUGAAUAGAGAAAACAAGGGCCUGGAAAAAGUGGAGAUCGAAGACAGACGGCCAGAGAGACAUGAGUACAGCCAGUGCAAUUGGCAAAACGAUUUGCUCGAUCUGUUACGAAGAUCUCAAGCCGAUUGUCGAAGACCUCCAGUCAAUCUCCAUUUGCGGUCACGUGUUCCAUGAACUAUGUUUGCAGCAAUGGUUCGAGUAUUGUUCGAAUUCGAAGAAGUGCAACUGUCCUGUGUGCAAGCAAAGCUGUUCGGCGAAAGAUGCCGGCCGGCUUUAUUUCCAGUCCGUGGGGGAUCAGAGAGAUUCGAUCUUUUCGAAGUUUCUCGAUCGAGAAGAGGAUUCAGAUGUGUUGAGAAGAGAAGUGAAGCGACUGGAAGUGAAGGCCUCGGGUCUCAGUUCCCAUUUGGAGCGUUCAGAGAAGGAGCUCGAGGGUAUCAACCAGGAGCUGUCUCUCUGCAGGGACCAAGUUAAGAAGGAAGUGGCACAGAGGGAUGAAGCCUUGAGAGAAAAAGCAGCCAUUCAUCAACUUCUCCAAAUGAAAUCGGAGGAGUUUGGUCAAUUGACUUCAGAAUGUUUAAGGUUGAAAGAAAGGAAUAUGGCCUUGGCCAAGGAGCUUGCAGCACUUAAAUUAGUAUCUGAUUUGGAGAUAGGGGAAGAGGAGGUUCUGAAGCUAGCAUCCUUGGGCAAUGGUGGAAAAAAAGAGGAUACAAUAGACACCCUGAUAAAGUCCUUAGUCAUCCGUAACAAGAGUUACAAAGAAUUGAUGGCCAAAUGCAACCUUCUUGGUAGAGGUGAAGCUCGUGCAUCUCAGAAACUUGAGAAGGCUAAAGAAAAGAUAGAGAAACUAAAGAAAUGUGUCAAAGAACUUGAGGCAGUUGUUGAAGCAAAAGACAAUGAAGUUCUAAGAGCACUGAAAGCUUCAAAAAAAAGUAGGCAAAGAGAAUAUCUGAAUUGCACCAAUGAGAGUUCUACUUUAUUUGCAAACUUUGAUUCAGAAGAUAAAUUGAAACAACUUUUUGUACCUCUGAAUGGUUUGGAAAGGACUAGAACCACCACUGAUGAUAAACCAGAUUUCCAGAAAGGAAAAGGCACCAUUGCCAUUGAUGAAAUAGAUUUAAGUCCCACAAAAGAUCCAAAUACUACGGUUCUUAAUGAGAAGAGAAAUUCACUGAUUGUUGAGAACACUCCAAAAGGUUGUACAGCCUUUUGUGAAGUUCGAAAUGCUGAUUUAAAGGACAAAUUUAGUGAGAAAUUUGCUCAAGAGUCCUCUCAUCCAAUAUUAGAUGGAGUUUCUGAGAUUAAAGCUGCAGUUCUGGGGCUGGCUAAUGUCAUUCUUCCUUUCAGUUCACAAACUGGAGCCAAUAGUCAGGGCAAUGCUCCUGCUAAUCCUAUGGACAAUAAUAUGGUGUUCAACAUCAGGAAAGAGUCUCCAUCUUCAGUUCCAGUUUCCAAACCAGGGAACAUUUGCUUUUCUGGUGGACUGCUAGGUCCUGACGGAACAAAUCGGUAUUUAGGAAAAUGGUGCAAACGUGGCCAGAGCAAGGAAUCUGUGGCUGUCCAAGGUUCUAUUCCAAGAAGUGGUGAUUUAAUUGCUAUUGGAGCUGAUGGGAGAGGUGGUAGAAUUAAAAUCUUAAGACCUUCAAGUCAGGUUUCAUUGGAUGGAAAGGAGAAUGUUUGUGCAAAGAGAUUUAAAUGUGGUUCCAGAACUAGCGGUUUGCAGUCUCAAGGAUGCCUACAAAUUGAACAUUUUUUUGGGAAGGUUAAUCAAUAGCUAAAUAUUAAAAGUUCUGAGCAUUGUAACUGACAAGUGUGGCCUUUUGCAUCCCAGAAAAAGCAGUUGGUCUUUUCAUAACAAGAGGAGAAUGAAUUAAUCUUUAUUUUGGCAAGCCACUUUAUCCCUCUGUGGCAGUUUUUGUGGUCCACUAUUUGUAGUGUUCCAAAUGGAGAGGUUGCUGAAGUCCAGGAUCUAAUCAAGUCUUUGAGGCCUACCCUCUGUAACAAGUAGCAAUAUUGGAAGGGUGUACGGUAACACAAGAACUGGACGGGGUACUAUUAUUAUGAUUUCAAUCCUUUUCAAAUUAGCUUGAAACAGAAGUUAUAGGGAGCAUCAUAGUUCUUAAUUGCGCUACAUGUAUGGUAUAUGCUGUGUGUGUGUAUAUAUAUAUAUAUGCAUAUAUAUUCUAAUAUAAAUUGAAGGGUGUGCUUCCUGUUGCUGAGGAAUGGAGGAAAGGAACUGGAAAAACAUAUAAACUGAUGCAUUGUUUCAGAGAACUAGACGUCAGUAAAUUUAUAUAUGUUUUUUCUCCUUUCCUUUAAAUGCUAAUAUCCCAUGAAAUUUUUAUUUUCUUUUUGGGUGCUUAUUGCUACCAUCAUCCUGAAGACUCCAACAUUCAUUUAUGCUUAUAAAUUCUUGAUUCAUGUUCGUGCAAAAUGAUGCAGAAUAAUGUCACUUCGCGUGGUGGUUUUCAAAUGCCUUACAAGUCUACGACAGAGGUCACUGUGUGGACAUACAGGAAGUUUCCUAUGUCUUUAGAUUCAAGGAAACAUAAAUGUAAUGGCCAAGUAAUUAAUUAUGUUUGGACAAGUAGAUGAAAAGUAUGAUUUUAUUUGUUAGUCUAUUUUCUGGCCAGGAAAUCUUGAAAGUUCUGGAUACUAGAUUUAAAUUUUAUUUUGGUCUUUUCCCGCAGUCUGAAUCUUGGAUUAAUUGAUACCCCAAACAUAGGUCAGAAGAGAAACCAAUAUUUGGUCUGAAGGAGUGACAAAACUUUGAAAAUGUAAAGAUAACCGGGUACUGGAGAAUGAACAAGUUGGUAAUAAUUGUUACUUCUAAUAGGAUUUGGAGAAUCCCAGCAACUCAACUGGGUAAAAGAAAAGGCUUAGGUUGGAUGUUAAGCUUAAUGUGCAUAAUUGUUCUAAUGUUGUUGCCCGGAUUAGUUGGGUAAAAGAAAAGGCUUGGAUUGGAUGUUGAGCUUAAUGUACAUAAUUCUUUUAAUGUUGUUUC